AUGUCGUUUAUACCUAGACGGAUAUUUCCCAACUACUCCCUACCACUAUCCAACUUUAAGGGACACCAUCAAAAGGCUCUAACCAAAUUUGGUCAUUUGGCUCCUCAGAUUGAUUUAGUACUUGAAGUCAGAGAUUCAAGAGCUCCCGUAUCAACGAAGAACGUAUUAUUUGAUAGAGUAUUGGCUCAGAAAGAGAAGAUUAUACUAUAUACCAAAAAGGACCUCUCAGUCUUGAAAAGUGACUUGAUAAGAAAGUGGCACGAUGCAAGCAACGAAGAAUGUUUAUUCAUUGAUGCUAGAAGUAAAGGCGAUGCCCAAAAAAUCAUUGAUCUAGUGGGGAAAAGGUAUUAUGCGAUGACUCCUCCUCCUCCAUUAGGGCUUAGACUUAUGAUUAUUGGUAUGCCAAAUGUUGGAAAGUCGACCUUGGUGAAUACGUUAAGGAAUGUUGGAUAUAGUUCAAAGAUUACUGGAGCUAUAUCAGGAAAGAAUAGGAAAGUAGCGAAGACUGGUGGACAGCCUGGUGUCACAAGAGCAACAAGUGAGAUCAUUAGACUUAGCACUAAGCCCGAUAUACUUGUAUAUGAUACACCGGGUGUAUUUCUACCAACCGUUAAGGAUAACGAAACCAUGCUAGCACUAAGUCUUAUCGGGUGUGUUCAUACCUCCUUCAUCGAUCCAGUUAUACAGGCUGAUUACUUGCUUUAUUUGUUGAAUUUACAGGACCCUACGGGAUCGAAGUAUAAAGAAUAUAUCGAUCAUCCUACGAAUUCUAUUGAUGAACUACUCUAUCAUAUCGCUCUCAAAAGAAAUAAACUCGGAAAAGAUGAUUCAUACGAUGAACUUGGAAUGGCUACUCAUUGGACAAGUCUUUGGAAACAAGGAAGACAAACGAAAUAUAAGGGAUUAUUUGAUUUACCAACAAUUCUAGAGAUAAAUGGUGAUGAAUUACAAAGCAUUUUCAAGAAUGAACGAGAAAGAAUUAGUAGCAUGUCUGUGAGUGAUAAAAUUGAAAAUAGUUUAGGCGAGGACGGCACUGCAUCAUCGAAACAUCGGAAGAGAACAGCCAAAGAUAGAAAAUACGACAUACAAAACCAAUUGUUUAAAUUGUAA